AUAAAAUUAAUCCGGGUACCCGCCUGUUCGCCCGUUACUCGUUGUAUACGGAUCUGGACCGGUUCCGCGGGUACCCUCAUAAUUCGGAUAUCCGUACGACGCGGGUACCCGUAUUGACGCGGGUACCCGUAUUGAUGCGGGCACCCGUAUCAAUGCGAAUAUCCGCGUAUGCUACGGAUAUCUGCGUAUUACACAGAUACGAUACGACUACUAAUACAGAGCCUGCAUUAGUAGUGCGCGCAGGAAGAAACUCACGUCAUUCGAUAGAUAAGCGGCACGUCGAUCCUCGCGAGAUCGCAGGAUAUUACCACGCACGCGACGUCCUAAUUAUGCUUAUCGCGCAACGCGGGACACGCGCGAGUCGAUAAAGGUAAUCGAUAUCGAUCACUGCGUAACGCAUGAGGAGAUUAUUUAAAUUCCCAUUGUAAAAAGUGCACGUAUGUAAUUCGAAGUGAUAAAAUCUCGAAAGUUCGAUUGGCAUCAAAUUAAUCGGGACAAAAGGUUGUACGGAACGUUCUCGCCCAUCUUCACGGAAACUGUGCCGCAGAAUUUAAUGUUGGCGCAUUGUCAAGUGUUCCUUCCAUUACAUCGAUUUUUAAACAAAAUUUUGUAAUACAACCCUCGAAACUUAAUUGUUCGACAGUGUAUAUAUUUAAGUAAUGAAAUAAAUAUCAUUUAUUCUGUGAUAUGUGUAUAAGCUAAGGAUCAAUAAAACAGUAAGCUGAAGAAGAAGCUUAAUUAAACGGUCAAGAACAUCAAGAAACAAUGUUUAUCACUAUAUUGUUAUUAUCCAUGUUUAUUUUAUUGGUAUAUCAUUAUUACGUACAUUAUGGAAGAAAUGGGCGACUUCUUAAUCUUUUACCGGGACCACUGGGCCAUCCGAUUGCUGGCAACGCAUUUUUAAUAUUCGCUUCAGCAGAGAAACUAUGGAUACUGCUUCAUAGCCUAUGUGAUACAUAUUAUCCUAUUUAUAAAUUAUGGAGUUUCUUCAUGUAUGUUGUGUCUAUCCGUCAUCCUGAUGAUUUGGAGACGAUACUAAACAAUACCAAGCACAUCGAGAAAGGUCUUCAAUAUAACACGUUACAUCCAUGGUUCGGUACAGGACUUCUCACGAGCACAGGCGCUAAAUGGCAUGCGCGACGAAAGAUUUUAACACCUGCAUUCCAUUUCAAUAUAUUGAAUCAAUUUGUUAAUAUCUUGAUCAAGGAGGGCGAUUGUAUGACAAAAUCUUUGAAAGAUGUCGGAGGGACAGUUGUAAAAGAUUUAGUACCAUUUAUUGGUGAACAUACGCUAAACGCCAUAUGCGAAACUGCCAUGGGCGUCUCUCCGCAAAAAUUCGGCGAAUUCCAGCAACAGUAUCGAAAUGCAAUUCACGAUAUAAUCGAAUUAGUGGUUUACAGAAUGCUCAGACCUUGGUACUACAACGAUUUUUUAUUCUCAUUAUCGCCACAAGGAAGAAAGCAAAAAAAGAUUUUGAAAAUAUUGCAUGGAUUUACGGAAAAAGUCAUCGCGGAAAGAAAACUUUAUCACAAACGUACCAAUUAUCGAUAUUUGAAAAACUUUGAAAAUGACAAAGAGGCGGAGAUAGAUGAUGUCGAAGUAUUUGAAAUUAAAAAAAAGCGGCUAGCCUUGUUGGAUCUCUUAAUAGCGGCAUCUCAAGACAAUUAUUUGACUGAUUUUGAUAUCAGAGAAGAAGUCGAUACCUUUAUGUUUGAGGGUCACGAUACUACAGCGAUGAGUAUUACCUUUGUUUUAUUACUAUUAGCUGAACACAAAGAUAUCCAGGAACGUGUGAGGGUUGAAGUCCAUAACGUAAUGCAAGAAAGCGGAGGAAAACUUACCAUGAGAUCGUUGCAAAAUUUACCAUAUUUAGAGAGAUGUUUAAAGGAAGCGCUACGUUUAUAUCCCAGCGUAUUUUUAAUAUUACGAAACGUUGGAGAGGAUGUAAAAUUACGCUCAUAUGUUAUACCUGCUGGAACAACCUUACAUCUUAAUAUCUACGGAGUUCACAGAGAUCCCAAUUUUUGGUCAAAUCCAGAAGUAUUUGAUCCGGAUAGAUUUUUGCCCGAGAGGAUACAGAAUCGUCAUCCAUAUUCCUAUCUACCCUUCAGCGCAGGACCAAGGAAUUGCAUAGGUCAAAGAUUUGGUUUGCUGGAGUUGAAAGCUAUGGUAGCUCCUUUGGUGUACAAUUUUUACUUGGAGCCUGUAGAUUAUUUAAAGGAUAUCCGGUUGCAGAUCGAUAUCAUAAUUCGUCCUUCUCAUCCGAUUCAUAUAAAAUUCAUCCCAAUCAUACGCAAAUAACCGUUUAGAACUAACACGGAUACCAUAUAAGUGUAAGAAAUUGAUGCAUUGCAAAAAUAGAAGAACAUCGUUAUGUAUAUUAUAUGUUCAACAUUAUGAACAAAUACUUAUUAUAUAAAUACAUAUUAAAUAAUCAUUAAAAUAAUAUAUAUUAAAUAAUCAUUAAAAUACUUAUUGUUUUCUGCAACCGUAAUAAAAAUGUGUAUACAUAUAAUAUACAUGUAUAAAGAUAAUAAAACAACUGCGUCUUAUUCAACAAAGCAAUGUAAAGAUGAAAACAUUUUGUUUGCGAAAAUUUGGAUGGGCUUAAUAUAUGUUGUUCAUACUAAUAAGAAAAUAUCUUUUUAUGAAUUGUGUAUAAUGUAUUCCCCUAUUUU